AAACUUCCAAUCUUGAGAAACUAAUUCGACAAUGACAGACCCCUCCAAGCGACCCCUAAAUUUCCCCACGUCGCACAUCCCCUAUCUCCAGAAACACCGAAUCUACGAGCUGUUCCACGAAAUAGCCAGAGAACUGGUGAUAAGGAAGCCAGAUGAUCAUGUGCUCUUCACCAAACAGGUCCUGGUCAAUGCUGCCCACAGCAGGGACAUAGCCAGAGUUGUCAUUUUGCCCUCUCCAAAGGUGAAUAUAUUAGAGAUGAGCAAGGAAAUCUCGAGAGUGACCAAACAGGUGGUUGUUACCCAGGAGAUGGUCAAGCAGUCUCUGAAAAGCGACGAUUUUGACGGGCUUCCAUCGGAUAUCUUGGCUAAAUAUUUGGCAUACUUAGUCCGAACAGAAAACUGCUACUCUUCUGGUUGGAUAAUGGUUGACUGCCUCAGAUCUGAAGCAGAUGCCAAAAGCCUUAUUCAGCAAGGUAUUAUUCCCACCCACACUCUCCAUUUUAUAGCUCCAUUCCAUCCAGACGUAUCAGAGCUACUAUACUGCGAGGUUAGUGCCCGUUGGCCCGAAACAAGAAGAGUCAUCGCCGGAUUGAGAAACGUGUUCAAGGGCUCUCUCAGGGAAGUGCAUCUGGGCAGAAGGCACGUUGCCGAAGUAGUGAUAGAGUGCGUUGAAUUGAUGAGGACAAGGGCGGCCGUGAAACCGAUAACGCCAAGAGUCGUCAUAUUGGGACCAAGAGGAUCAGGCAAGAAAACUCAAGCCAAGAUCAUCGCCCAAGCCCUCGACGUCGUCCACGUCGACUUUGAAUACCUGAUUUGCCAAGCGUGGACGUCUUCCAGCAAAAUAGGGGAGCAGCUGCGAGCCUGCAAGAAGGACGCUUGUCUGCACUCCGACCUCCUCUCGCAGGUCGUCAACAAGAGGAUCCUCGAGGAGGAUUGCCUCAGGAGAGGAUGGGUGCUCACCGGAUAUCCGUUCACCGAUACGGAUUUCAAAUACUUGGACAGCCUAGACACCCCACCCAACCGAGUAAUCUUCCUCGAGUGCGACCUGAACGUAUGCAAAGAGCGCCUGCGCCACAGAAAGGUCAACGUCCACACGGGCUCCCAGACCGACGUGAAGCAGUUUCCUGAGGCGGAGGUCGAGAAAAUCCUGCUGACCCAUCCCAAGGACGAUCUCGAGAUGAUAGAUGCCGAACUGGAGUGGUACUGCAGGAAUUACGGGCCUCUCAGGAAGUACUGCGGCGGCACAGCCAGCGUCGUGAACGGCGACCAGAACGAGCGAUGGGUGAACGAGUGCGUCUGCGCAGUCAUCCUGAAAGGACCGCUCGGAGCGCCGCCGCGACGCGGGUUGGCCGACGUCGAGGAGCGCUCCUCGGACGACUCUGCGGACGAUUGCGCAUGUCUGUCGGAGGUGCCGUCCAAGAUCCUCGAUUCUUUCAUACUCAAAGUUUGAGUUAUUUAAUGGAAUUUACAUCGUUUGUCAGAAUUCACGAACGUGUGGAAUAAAUGAAAACAUGGUG